CCUCCAUAUCCAGGUGCUGGUUGGAGGGUAAUUAAUCUCGGUUACAGAAUGAGAGCAUCGCUGUGAACCAGGAGGAGAUUUUGCUCCAAUCAGAUUGGUCGCGCAGGUCACAUGUGUGGUGUCUAUUGUCCGCAGAGCAGGGUGUGUACAGCAGGGAAGCUGUGUGGGCUGGGCCGGCCUGUUUCUCCUCAGCAUCCUCUAACAUCUUGUGACACAUCGCUUCUAUUCGGAGGGAUGAGGGCGGAGAUGAUGGAGAUGAGGAUGAAGGAAGCUGCUCACAUGAGGUAGGAAAGGAAAGUGAAGCUGCUGCUGCACCUGCAAGGAGAAAGAGAGGACCGCGCCCUAGAAGAGGAAAAUGGCUUUUUAUCGUUUUUAUUUCUGACUAAAAAAGAUGUCUAAAAGCAAAAUAUGCGAGUCUGUGAGGGUGGUGGUUCGCUGUCGGCCGUUCAGCAGGAGAGAGGAGACACCAGACUGUGAAAACAUCCUGCAGAUUGAUGACAGACUGGGGCAGAUCACCCUGAGGAAACCAAAAGCACCACCUGAUGAGCCAAUGAAAGUAUUCACCUUUGAUUCAGUGUACGGCUGGGAGUCAAAGCAGAGAGACAUCUAUGACGAUGCUGUGAGACCUCUGGUGGAGUCUGUACUCCAGGGCUUUAAUGGGACCAUAUUUGCAUAUGGACAGACUGGGACAGGUAAGACACACACCAUGCAAGGGGUGUCAAACGACCCAGACAUGAGAGGGGUCAUACCAAAUUCAUUCCAGCACAUUUUCACCCAAAUAUCCAGGACUCAGAACCAGAAAUACCUGGUGAGGUCAUCGUAUCUUGAGAUCUACCAGGAGGAAAUCAGAGAUCUGCUGUGCAAAGACAACAACAAAAAGCUGGAGCUUAAGGAGAACCCUGAUUUUGGUGUUUAUGUGAGAGAUCUGUCCUCAGUGGUCACGAAGAACGCCACUGAGAUUGAGCAUGUGAUGAACAUAGGCAACCAGUCCAGGUCUGUGGGGUUCACCAACAUGAACGAACGCAGCUCUCGGUCCCAUGCCAUUUUUCUCAUAACCGUGGAGUGCAGUGAGGCAGGGCCAGAUGGCGAGGACCACAUCCGAGUUGGGAAGCUCAACAUGGUUGACCUGGCUGGCAGCGAGCGCCAGAAAAAGACAGGUGCGAAAGGGAAGCGAUUAAAGGAAGCAGCCAAGAUCAACCUGUCCCUGUCAGCGCUGGGGAAUGUCAUCUCGGCUUUAGUGGACGGGAAGAGCACCCACGUCCCGUACAGAGACUCCAAACUGACCCGCUUGCUCCAGGACUCACUGGGGGGCAACGCAAAGACAGUCAUGAUAGCAACAGUGGGGCCGUCGCACAAGAACUUUGAUGAAUCCCUGGCCACGCUGAGGUACGCCAGCCGGGCCAAGAACAUAAAGAACAAACCUCGGAUUAACGAGGAUCCCAAAGAUGCCCUGCUGAGGGAGUUCCAGGAGGAGAUUGCACGCUUGAAAGCCCAACUGGAGGAGCGAGGGAUGCUGGCGAAGGAGAGGAGGAGGAGGAGGAACAGCAAAAGACUGAGUAAAAGCAUGGCUGGUGUGGACGAGGAGAUGUUCAGAGAGAGGGAUGCGGAUGUGUGGAAGGCUUUUGAGGAUGAACCAGAGGUGAGACAUCAUGUGAAAGAUGGAGGUGACAUCCCCAAAGCUCUGAGCUGCCUGGGGAACGGCGAGAAGUUAAAGCACCUGAAUGAAAACAGGAAAAGUUUAGUGGACAUGCAGUGGGAUCAAGAUGCUGUGGAGAAGAUCAUUGAGAAAUAUAAGGCGAUGGAGAGCAAACUGUUAGUGGGAGGAAAGACUAUAAUUGAUCACACCAAUGAGCAGCAAAAGAUGCUGGAGCUGAAGAGGCAAGAAAUUGCAGUACAGAUAAGACGAGAGCGAGAGAUGCAGCAGCAGAUGAUGUUGCAGGACGAGGAGACCUUGGAGAUGAGAGAGACGUUCUCCUCCCUGCAGCAGGAGGUGGAACAUAAGACUAAAAAGCUGAAGAGGUUGUAUGCCAAACUGCAGCUGGUGAGGGCGGAGACGAGAGAUGUCAUUGAUGAACACGUGAUAACCAGACAGGAGCUUGAACAGACACAGACUGAACUCACCAGAGAACUCAAGUACAAAUAUCUCUUGAUUGAGAACUUCAUACCUCCAGAAGAAAAGAACAAGAUCAUGCACAGGCUGCACUUCGACAGGGAGGAGGAUCAGUGGAGACUCCAGCCGGUCAUCCCAUCAGAGAGUGCACCCACUCAGGUCAAGAGAAGGCCUCUCUCAGCUGUGGGAUACAAGAGGCCAAUCAGCCAAUAUGCACAGAUGGCUGUUUCCACGGCAACUGGGGCCCCAUCUAGAUACCAGGCUGAGAACAUAAUGCUGUUGGAGUUAGACAUGUCUCCACCGACCAUGUUCACCUUGAACCUUAACGGCGCUCAUCUGGAGAGAGCCUUUACUCCCAGGCUGCUGGGGGAUUUUCUGGUAACUGUUCCCAUCAGAGAGAGGAGCGCUGCAUCGUCUCGGGUCAGGAAAUCCCAAUCCUGGUAUCAGGCACCGCAAGCAGCAUCCAUGGCAUCAUCCUCAUCAUCCACCACUCUGACAUCAGCAUCUCAGAGACGAAGACCGUCUUCUGCUGCCUAUCUUCCAUCAGAUCAGACAAGCCCCUGAUAUGUGUCAACACAACGGUACACAGGGCUGGCCUUAGUUUAAGGUGGCACAAAGGACGAGGAGGAGACAUGGGAAGAAAUAUUUUGCCUUGAUUUUAAAUUAAUUUCACAUCUUUUUUUUUUUUUAGAAAGAAUCACUUUAGUAAGCAUGUAUUUAACUUAAUCGGGAAGACAGUAGCCUAAAAACUAUGUAGUUUCUCUUGGCUUAGCAUAGUCUCAAUGGAUAGCACAGUCAAACAUCUGAAACCAGACAUAUAGUGAAUUGUUUGGAGGGUAUUUACAGUUCUUAUUUUUAAAGGGACUGUUUGUAACUUCUUACACGUAUAAAUCACCCGGGUCGGUGUCCCAUGCGCGCUUGUGUGUGGCUACGCUGUUCAGACAAGACUCCAACACAAUCUACACGGAAGCAC